UUCAACAUUCAAAUACCAAAAUCAAAACUGAAUUACCUAAAAAACACUCACAGAACAUGUUUCAAGAUCAAUCAUUCAUGUCAGAAUCUGAUAUCUCUUUUCUUGAUUCAAUCCACCAACAACUUCUCUACGACUCCCAAUUCUCCGACCUUUUUCCGGCAACAAACAGUGGAUUAUCCGGCAACGGAGGACCUGACAGGGAUACGGUGGUUUCCGGUGAGCCCAAGCCGCCGUUGGUGAAGCUUGAGAGGGUAGAAGAAGAAGUGGGAAACCAAGAGGUUACAGUGGGACAAGAAACUCACGUGCCACAAGAAUUCAGGAAGUUCCGGGGAGUCAGGCGGCGGCCGUGGGGGAAAUACGCGGCGGAGAUAAGAGAUCCGUCGAAGCGUGGGGCGAGGGUAUGGCUUGGCACGUAUGAGACGCCUGAAGAUGCAGCCGUGGCUUAUGAUCAAGCCGCGUAUAAAAUACGUGGGUCUAGGGCUUUGUUAAAUUUUCCACAUUUGAUUGGGACGAAUAUGGCGGAGCCUGUUAGGGUGACUCCACGACGGAAGACGCUGGGGGAGGCUGGGUCUCCCCCAUCGUCUUCGUCAGAAGAUUAUGGUUUGGAGGGGCAGAGGAAAAUUAGUAGUACGAGGAUGGAUGAUUCUUACUAUAAGCCUUACUAAGAUGAAUGAUUUAUUGACUGAUUUGAUUAAUUAAUUUCAUUCUUUUGAUUAAGGAAGUGAAAUUAAACUUUUGUUUCCAAUUUAAAUAAUUAGUUUACAUUGAAAUGUAAUUACCA